AUGGCUUUCCUUGCUGAACUUGAGGUUUUUAUAACUACUGUUCUGGUCCUAAUCCUUGUUCCUCGAGCUUCUAGUAUUAAUAAUACUGAUCACUCCUGUCCUCCUUCUUCCUGUGGCAAUAUCCCCAACAUCAGAUAUCCAUUUCGACUAAAAGGCGAUCCACCAAAAUGCGGAGACCAAAGGUAUGAGCUCUCAUGUGAUGACAACAACCACACGUUGUUAUCUUUACAUGGUAGUAAAUACUAUGUAAACCAAAUCAAUUACAGCGACUAUACAAUCCGAAUAGUAGACUCAGGUAUCCAAGAGAAUAAUUACUCCUUCAUCCCUCGUUAUUUUCUGAACUAUGAUAAUUUGAGUUGGCCAAUCUGGGAUUUAGCUCCAAUAUAUGGGACUCCACAUAGUCCUGUACUCACAAAGCCAUUACAAUCAGAAGUUGUGGUUAUUGUGAAUUGUGAAAAGCCAGUGACUUUGGCUUCCUCUAUCUAUCAGGUUUCUACGAAUUGUUCUGAUAUUAAUAAUAAAUCUGGAUCUUCUUCUAACUCAUCUUUUUCUCAAUAUUCCAAACGGUACAUAUAUCUUAUUGUUGGCUAUGGAGCGAAAGUGAUGGAUGUGGAGGAGUCGUGUACGAUAGAGCAGACCUCUCUGAUUUUGUGGCCAGGAGCAAUUAUUAGGAUAACUAAUAAUUCUACAUGUACAGACCUCCGCAAUUUAUUCUCAUAUGGUUUUGUGCUUUCAUGGUAUCCGAUUUAUUGUGGAAGCUGCAGCAAAUACGAAUUCUGCUACAUCGAUGUCGACGAUAAUCAAGUUCAUUGUGCGGGUAAGUAA